AAUACAGCGAAGAAAGAGGCGCGCGCACGCCCUGAGCUUCUACCAAUGGCGCCCACCGUGUGUCAGUGCGUCGGCGGGGAAUUAUCCUAUGCCUUUUCCUCCGUUGGCAGUCACAAUUCUUUCGAUACUUAAUAUUGAGCAGCACUGAAUUUAAUUAUCAAUUAUUUUUCCUGACUAUUGCCAUUUCGUCAGUGGUCUGCGUGGAUUACCCCGUGUUUUUGGUAAUCCGGCUUUGCCUCCUGGUGAAUGAGCAAUUGUGCGAGUUUGUUUUUCUGUAAAUUUUACAUAGUUUCGCGUUUCGAUCCUCACGGUUUACGGCUUUACGGGUUUUUCCAUCAAAUUUCAGAGGAUCAGAAAGAAGAGGAUCCGGUGAGAUUCGCAAAAUUAUUGUCAUUUUAGUUGGUGUUAAUGGUGAGGGGUUGAGGGCAGGAGAAGCGACGGAAAAAUAGUGAAUAUUGAAAGGAGUGAAUGAUGGGGCGGCUUGUCUGCUGGGUGUUCCUGAGUGCUGUGUCAUUCAUCAUGAUCACUGGUGGUGACUGUAAACGAAAAUUCGAUGGGGAUUUUGAAUUUGCGGAAGAGGAUGACACAAAAAUUUUGAAAGUUGGGGACAAGAAAUUGUGGAUUAAUGACCCAAAUAGUGAGCUAUGUCGCCCUUUGAACUGUAAGAAGAAAGAACUCUGUUUGCUGGAGGAUACAUUUACAGCGGUAUGCGUAUCGAAAAAGGAACUUCAUAAAUCUGGGGAUAUUAUUAUGCCGAAAUCUCGAAAUAAUCAACAAAGGAGGAUGCACAAUGAUAAUUCGAUUGAAAGCGAGAACGAUGAUGCAUUUUUUGACUCUGAAGAUGACGAUGAGGAUCAAGACGAGUCCAAGUGUCAGGAGUGUCCGGUUGUGAAGCCUAACUUCCUCUGUGGAAUUGACAACCGUACCUACAGUUCACCCUGCCGUCUCGAGUACCACAACUGCAUUCAUCAUACAUCGAUUCACAUAGCAUGCAAAGGCUUUUGUCCAUGUAAAGAUGGAUCGGAUCCUCGUGUCCACACUAAGAAAUUCCUUCAAAUUAAACCCCAAAAAUCAUUAUUGGGUAAACUUGGACGAAAUAGGGAUAUUACGUUGAUGCCUCGUGACUUUAACUUCGACAAUCAUCAUUACCAGUAUCUUAAAUACGGUAAACGCACAAAGAGCUUGGUCAAUAAAAAGUAUGAGGAAGAUAUAAAACAUUCAAUGGCCAAUGACGUAAACAAAAAUUCAGUGACAAUGAAGUCGACUUUGGAUACAACAGAAUUAAAAUCAAAUGUACCCGGGACUAAUGACUGUUCAUCAGCAUCCAAGUCAGAGAUGGCAAAUCGUUUGUUGGAUUGGUUUUCAGUAGUUAUGGCUGAUGCUAAGUAUCGUCGGCAACACACCAAGUCUAAAGGGCACUUCCCUGCUGGCUGUCAAACCGAGGUGAGGUGGAUGUUCGGGCAUUUUGAUACUAAUGGAGAUCGAAAAAUCUCACUUUUUGAACUUUACGGGCUUGAGCAUGAUCAGAAUGAGCCUUGUCUCAAGCCAUUCAUCGAUGCUUGCGACACAAAUGGAGAUGCUUCUAUGAGUGGCCAGGAAUGGUGUGCAUGUUUCGCAAAAGCUGAGAGGCCGUGUGCUGCAGUUCGUAGACGCACAUCACCUGAUGUGGCACCCAUGUGUGAUUCUCGAGGGUAUUUCCGAAGUGUUCAGUGUCACAGUGGUCUCGGACUCUGCUGGUGUGUCGAUCCUCAUGGCGUCGAAUUUGCGGGAACACGGACUCGUGGGUUUAAACCCAAUUGUGAUGGAAUUUUCAAUAAAAUUACUAGUGACAGCCUAAAAACAAACAGCGUGAACAUAGAAAACGUUGAACCGGAUAACGACGACGAGGAUUCGGACAUCGGUUCUGUUAAUGACCUGGAGGGAUCGGCCGACCAGCCCCUUGACUUUUAGAUUAAAGGGAAGAAACUCAUUUUCAUUAUCUCCUCUCGGUGAAGAUACGAAGAGGCGAUAACAAUGUUCGCUUGGGGCGGAGGAUUUUUUCCACAUUUUUCUACGGUGCAUUUGAAGAAAAUCUCUUCCGUAGGGUUGCAGAUGAACGUUAAGGGGAGACAACACUCCGGAAUGGCCCUUAAAGCAUUUGCAAAUAGAAUUGAAGAGAAAAAAAAUUGCGAAGUUUAUUGAUUUCGAUAAAUUUUUGAAUUAGAAAAGUUUGGUCAGUGAAUUUCAAACCAUUUCAUCUCUACAACAGUUCCAUUCAGCAUGAAUUUACGGCGUGUAGGGUGAUAGUGUGCAGUUAAUGAGAUGGAGGGUAACAGAAGGUACGAUUGAACAAACUGAACGCACGUCUGAUGCACGUGAAACUCAUACAAAAUAAUAGAGAAAACAAUGCAAUAGAGAAAAUAGAGAAAAAAUCGUACGUAUUCUAUGGAAAUUUGUGCAAUGAUCAUCAAUCAUUAGACUUUAAUGGCAUUGCUGAUUCUGAGUAUAGUUGAAUUGAACAAAAUUGAGAAGAAUCAAUGUGCAUUGAAAAAUUUUACGGCACUAAUGAUAGAAUUUGAUCUCUCUCUCUCUCAAAAUGAUAAAAGUAGAGGAAAAUGCUUUGUCAGUGUUGCAAAUGUGCUCACAAAAAUGCUUCAUUACUUUCUAAUUGAAGUCAAUUUCAUAUAUAAAUCCCAAGUCAAAGACUUACUAGUGUAAAAUAAAUAAAUCGUAAGUAGACAAAGAGAACAUAUACAUACUAUUUUCCGUUCUAACUCUCAUUCAACGACCGUAUACGUUGCGAUAUUUCGUCCAGGUACACUUCGCCAUUGAAUAUAAAAAAAACACGCAAUUAUAAAGUCUCAUUUUUUUUUUCAUGUGCCAUGAUUAGCUCUUGAAAGCAGAUGAAUUUUCAUACGUUUAGACGAGCAGAUGAAAAUAAAGUGGAUUAACUUCCGUUUGAUCCUAAUAAUGGACAAGUAUUUUUACUUGGUCACAAUCAAAGUAGAGGAACUCAUUGUGGUAUAAAUUUAGUGGAAUAGAGAUGGGAAUAUAUGUAUAACGCGUAGACAAAAUUAAUUGCAAGAACAUUGGUGUAAUAUUGUGAAUAGAUAAUUAUUUGGACAGGCUGCAACGUUAAAAAUUAACUGUCAUCGCAUACAGUUCUUCCGUCCCUACUGUGCAUAUUUUAUUUGUCAUGAUCGUUUCAGAUACUUCAACGACUCUAUUAUUUAUUAUUUAUUUUGCUUUAAUUUUUUUAUUCACAAAACUCAGUGCUUGUGAUGGUUUUAAAUUUUCGAGUAUCAUUUGAUUACUCGCUCCAGUCCCUCAAUAUGUGUGAAGAUUUAUCUAGAAAAUCAUUCCAGUACCAUAAAGGUCAAUAAUCACCAUUUAUUACGUCUAUAUGAUUAUUAAAAUUCAUGAUAAUAAUUAUAUUGUAAAAUAGUAAGGUAAUUUAUUGUUGAUUAAGUGAUUACAAUUGGUUCCCAUCAACUUUUCAAUUGACUGUAAUACAUUAUUAUGUGUAGAGCAUGUCAAAUACUUCGAGAAUAAUUGGAAGAGGUGGAAUACUCCAUAAUUGAAGAUAUUGUCAUCGCAGUCAGUUAAAAUUGAGUUGUAAUGAGGUCAGUGGGUCAACAUGAAUUUUUAGCUCUGUCGAAGUAUGCAUUUAAUUAUACCGAUCAAAAAACGAUCAAAAUUUUCAUUCUCGUCAACGGGUCAAAGGUUUUUCAUAUGUAUAUAACAAUUCUGAUACCGUAAUGAACAAACAAUUAUAUAGGAACAAACCUGGUACUGCGAUGAUUAAUUCUUAGGUAAAGUAUGAAAAUAUAUUACAUUACAUAAAAUAAUAAUCACAAUGAUGAACUGCAUUGUGCCGUCAAAAAUUUCUACUUGAUUUCCAGGCUAUCGUAGAAUCUUCACAUAUUUAUUAGAUAAUGUACAAUGUGGAUGUAAGAUUUCUUUAUGAAUAAAGAUUGUUGUAGAA